GAACAAUACCAGUCAUAAAGCUGCCUCUUUCUUCCAGCAAGCCUCUGUUGAAAAUAUCCAAUGUUUUAGACAAAAGGCAUGGCAGGAAAAACAAAGCUUGCCAUCAAUGGGAGGAUGGUGAAACGAGGAGGUGUUGGUGGGCAAAUGUGAAAGAACUGGGCAGCCACUGGUCGGCAGGGACUUGAAGGGCCAAAUGGCCUGUUUCCAUGUUAUACAACUCUAUGACUUUGUGACUCUAGCUGUGGCCAUUUCUGAUGGAGAGCUGAAUGUCGAUGAGGUGGAUGGAAGGGGAAGUGACCAGAGUUUGAACAGCAAUGUCAGUUUGCCCAAUGUUCAGGGGAGUAUGUGCUACUCCGAGAGGUCAGUAGCCAGCUGGGCAGUUUCCUUUGAACGGCUUCUUCAGGAUCCAGUUGGUGUGAAGUACUUUACGGAGUUUUUAAAGAAGGAAUUCAGUGCAGAAAACAUAUUGUUUUGGCAAGCCUGUGAACGCUUCCAGCAGAUCCCAGCAGAUGACUUGGAACAGCUCUCACAGAUUGCUGGCGAGAUCUACAGCACAUACCUGUCCAGCAGCUCCCUCAGUCCUAUCAACAUUGACAGACAAGCACAGCUGGAGGAAGAUGUCCUUAAUGACCCUCGGUCAGAUAUGUUCAAGGCACAACAGCUUCAGAUCUUUAACCUGAUGAAGUUUGACAGCUACACCCGGUUUGUGAAGUCCCCACUUUACCAGCAGUGUGUGCUGGCAGAAGUCGAGGGUAGGCCCCUCCCUGGCAGGACCUCACUGCAAGGAAGUCAGUCCUUUGAUCAUAAGCAUGACCAGGAAGGUUCCAAAAAGCAGAAGCAGAAACUGAAGCCGGGAAAGUCCUUCAGCGGCGUUCGACAGGAGAGCUACGAUAGAAAAGGAGGAAACUUGGAAAAUAAGAUGUGGAGAAGUACAAGCAAACUAAGCCGCAGGAAAGAGAAAGGAGAUUCCUUGGGAGUGGAUUUUCCAGAGAGUAAUGGUCUCUCCCUGUCUCGCCGUGAAUCUCAGGGAUCUGUGUAUUCCACAGCCAGCAUGGAACUAGGCUAUCUCAGCUCGACUAAUUCCAAAAAUGAGAGUGAGAAAGUGAAUGCAGACAUUGAAACAGAGCAGAAGGUGAGAUACUGCUGUGUCUACCUCCCUGACAAAACUGCCUCCUUAGCGAUGGUCCGGCCUGGGUUGACCAUUCGAGACUUACUGUCUGGGGUAUGUGAAAGGCAUGGGAUUCCUCUAGCUGCCACAAGUGUUUUUCUGGCUGGAAGUGACAAGAAACCUCUUGUGCUGGAUCAAGAUAGCAUGAUCUUGUGUGACAAGGAAGUUCGUGUUGAGAAGAAAGUACUAUUUGAAUUGGAGCUUGUUCCAGCAAAUCGAAAACUUUGGGUGACAGCAAAACCUACCAAGACAGUAUGUGAGGCUUUGCAACCAUUUCUGAUGAAAUAUCACUUAAAUGCCAAGGACAUGGAGGCAAAAAUUAGUGGAGAGUCCCAGCCUCUGAAAAUGUACAACACCGUGUCUUGCCUGGAUAAUCAGCGGGUGAUCCUUGACAAGAUUAAAAACACAGCAGAAGAGAAAACGAAUUCAAAACAACCAUCUGCAUACCUUAAGCAGCAGGAGGCUCCCAUAAAUGCAAACCAAGCCUGGGAGAGCCUCCCCGUCAACCCGCAGCCCGUUAGAAGAAGUAGAGACAAGGAAACUCAUGAAGGAAGAAAGGAAAUGCACCGUAAGACUUAUGAUGUUGAAGCAUUGUUUGAGAUGUUAUCAAAAGCACAAAGUUGCCGUGUCAAUGAUCAGCGUGGCCUUCUGAAGAAGGAAGACUUGGUGCUUCCAGACUUCCUGCAGCUUCCCGAAGAGUUGGCUGAGAUCUGUCUUCACCCGCCUGAAUCAGAAACAGGGAGAGAAAAAGGUGCUGGAGAUCUAACCCAGCCCGAGGGAGGUGCAGCCGAGGGUGACCAAACUCCAGGGGUUUCAGGUGAGAAACCAGCCCCAAGAACAUCCACUUCACAGGACACACAGCUGGGAGACUCAACGGGCACCCCGACAAAUGUCUAAUGAAAGAAACAGCUCGUGUAUGUGUGCGUGUGUGGCUGGCAGAAGUCGACACAAAGCAGGACCCUCUUACACCAGCUGUCCCCCUUCUGCCCAUUCCCUCUGUUCAGUAGUGGGGGCAACGGUUGUCAGACCAGGGAGACAACCAAUUACCACCCCCCCCCCCCACCCUCGAAUCGCAAUGAUCCACACUGCUGAAGCUUUCAGCACCUUGCCAAGUGGAAUUGCAUCAACUCCCAUUCAGGUUGCAAACACCUCUUUUUCUUUAUGGUUCUAUGAUUCCAUGAACUCUACGCUCAAGGCACUUUACCUCAAACAAACUGUGAAAGAAUAAUGGUGAAUACUGAAUCAAAUCAGCCCUAUCAAAGUAAGCAAAACCUAAUGAAAGAUGCUUUGUUUCAUGACUAAUUCUGUUUAAACGUCCAGCUGUUACUACUGAGAUCUUGGGUUUGAAUAAACUGAGCUCAGAGGACUGGCUUAAAUUAUACUCCCAACCUUUUCACACCAAGAGGAAUGAACACUUGUUGGGGAGGGUCAGCUUUUACUACCGGAUACCUGGAUCAAAGAUGCAGGCACUUGACUGAUAAUUCUAACUGUUUAUGGAUCGGUUCAAAGUGACUUCAGCCAAUUCAAAAGACAUGUAUUUAUCGAAUCUCCAAUUUGUUUACAUAUAUCAUUUGUCGUUGUUGAGUCUUUGUGUACUUUUGGUUCGCAAAUCAGUUAAAGAAUGUGAGUCUCAGGGAAUUGCACUUGUCCACGACCAGGACUGAGGUUACAGUAGUUUGCAACACUGAUUGUUUGGGCAAUGAUGAAAUCAUGUUAUUUGUGGUGUGUUAAUGUUAUGUGCUAAACUGUGGUUUCCAACUUGGGUGUAUGUAAUAUGCAUGAGAAUCCCCAACAACAAUGAAAACAGUUCAUUCUGGAUAUUGUCCAAAGAAUGUUCAAACCCUCAGAGGAACACUAGCCUGUUGCUUCAGUGGGACUAUUUCAGAUGGUUUCUUUUGAAUAACUAGGCUGUAUAGUUUACUGAUCUGAAAGGAAUAUUUUUAUACUCUUGAGCCAAAACUAACUUCCUUUUCAAAUCAUGGGCAGAUAAUACAAUGUCACUCAAUAUCACAGAGUCAUACAGCAUGGAACCAGGCUAUUCUGCCCACCAUAUCAUAUAUCAGUUCUUUAUAUGCAGUUGUAGUGCAUGUAAACCUAAGAAAUAACUUGCUUAUGCUCCUAGACUUGGUGUAGGUAUGGCCUUGUAUGAAUAUUUUUGAGAGAAAUGUGUCAAUCCUGAGUGGCUGGGAUAAAUGGAGACACCAGAGAUUGCAGAGGCUGGAAUCUGGAGCAAUAAACAAUCUGCUGGAGGAACUCAGCAGGUCGAGCAGCAUCUGUGGGGGGAAAAAUUUUCCAGCGUUUUGGGUUGAAACCAUGCAUCAGGAUAGGAAGUGAGAAGAGUCAAAGGAGAAGUUGUUCAGGGUCAGAACAAGUUCAACCAGUAGGAUGAGAGUGUUGGUGGAGGGGAACUGGUUGAAUCUUCAUUGCAAAAAGAAGUAAAGAGCUUUAAGACCUUCCUGAGGAUGGAAAUGUAUAAAAACUGGACAUCCAUAGUGAAGGUGAGGCCUUGGGGGGAGAGGGAAUCAGAAGUUGUCAAAAUAGUGGAGGGCAUGCGAGGUGUCCUGGAUGAAGGUGGGAAGGGACUAGACAAGGAAGCAGGGCUUCCACCCAAAACAUCAACAAGUCUUUAUCCCUGCACAGAUGCUGCUCAACCCACUGAGUUCCUUCAGCAGUUUGUUUGCGACUGGGUUAAAGAUGGUUUGCAUAAGCUUUGCUAUGUACAGAUUUUUGCAGGACUGGUACAGCGGUUAGUGCUGCUGCCUCACAGCUCCAGAGGCCCAAGUUUGAUCCUGACCUCAGGUACUUUCUGUGCGGGUAGUGCACUCUCUCCCUGUGACGUGUGGGUUUCCUCUGGGUGCUCCAGUUUCCUCCAAAGCCCUAAAGAUUUUCUGGUAGAUCAAUUGCCCACUGUAAGUUACCCCUUAGUGUAGGUAAGUGGCAAAUGUAUCAAAGGGCUGGUGGUGGGCAAGUAAGAGAGAAUAAGUUGCAGGGUUAUGGAUAGUAAGAAAGGGAAUGGAGCUGAUGGGAUUGCUGUACUGGCAACUGGCAUGGACCCAAUGGGCUGAAUGGCCUCUGUGUUGUAAUUAUUAAGAUAGUGAGUUGUUGCCAGCAGGGUAUAUUCAAGACAGAGCAAUCAGUUUUGUAUGUUCAGGUAAUCAAGAGAUAUGGGGUUAGUGCACAGAGAUAAAAGAUUAGCAAGGCUCUUAUUAAUUGACAUGAAAGGGUUGAACCCCCUCCAUCUGGUUCCUCUUCUUACAUGUUUUGUUCUUAAUGGCAGAGGGUGACAUGAGCUAGGAAGGGCUAAGUUUAGCUAAUUUCAAUUAGUUCCCAACUCAAUUAAUCUGCGUGUCCAUAUGAGUGUGGAAGGAGGAAGAGGAAAAUACAAAUAAGGAUCAAAAUUUCACAGAAAAAUUCUCCAUAAGAUGGUUGGUAGAAGUAUGGUUGUGAGCAUUAAAUGUAGAUGGGUGAUUUGGUAUGCAUGUGUGUGUAUGUGUAUAUUUGUGUGCACAUUUUUGUACAUGUGUGCUUGUAUAUGUUUUUGCCCAACAUUUCCAUUUUUCAAAGUCUUCAUAUUUGAUUUUAUUCAUUCCCAGAAUGCAGGCAUGACUGACAACACCAAGAUUUAGUCACCAUCCCUAAUAUUUCCCCAAAUGGUGAAGGUGGAACGUCUUCAAAUAUUGUAACAUUCCCAGAUGCAGUGACCUUCUGGGGCUCCUCAAAGGGCAGUUAAGUCAGCCAAAUUUGUGUGAGACUGGAGUCACAGAUCAGCUAAUGACAGCAGGUGUCCUUCCCUGAUGAGUCAGGUUUUGUUAACAAGAGCCCAGCAAUUUUGAGGUUAUUUCACUGGUGGCAGCUUUUUAUUUGUAGAUUUUGUUCCAGUUUUAUUCUGCAUUCCUGUCAGAAACAUAUUCCGAGGAUGUUUUUUGUGACCAGAUAAUACUGGAACAUGUGAUGGUGAUGGAGAAGGAGGAAGUAUGGAGCAGCAGGAGUCACAGUGGACGGGCCCAAAUAAAGCCAACUUUUCUAUUAACCCUAAUGAUGAGACUUGGCUCGGCACAAAAACUACCACUGUCGCAGCCUGCAAUAUAUUUAUUUCUUUGGUCAUGAACAGAUUGAUUUUAAUGUCUGAGAAAGGGCUGCUUAGGUGAUGUAAUUUCCCAAGCUGUUGAUACAUGCAAUUGUAAAUAUUUUUAGUGACUGGAAUUUUAAAUGUUAUGAAAUAUUUGUAUGUUGUGAAAUGCAAUUAAAGCUGAA